AUGGCUCGUCGGAAGGUCUCGUCGGUUCCUGACGGCUACGUCGAGGACCUGUCGAAAGGCAAGAUGCUACGCUUCGAAGACUCCCUCCCCCGCCUCCCGGUGCCCUCGCUCGAAGAGACCGCACGUCGGUACCUGAAGUCAGUGCAUCCCCUGGUCUCCGCGAGUGAGUUCGAACGCACGAAAAGAGCCGUCGAGGCCUUUGUCCGACCGGGCGGCGAGGGCGAGCCGCUCCAGGAGCGGCUGUUGGCACGCGCGGCGGACCCCAGCUGCAAGAACUGGCUGACCGAGUGGUGGAACAAUGCGGCGUAUCUGGCCUACCGCGACCCGGUCGUGCCCUACGUGUCGUACUUCUACUCGUAUCGCGACGACCGCACGCGCCGGGACCCGGCCCAGCGCGCCGCGGCCAUCACCAGCGCGGCGCUCGAGUUCAAGCGCCAGGUCGACGCCGGCUCGCUUGAACCGGAGUACAUGCGUGGCUUGCCCAUGGCCAUGAGCUCCUACCAGUACAUGUUCCAUUGCUGCCGCAUUCCCGCCGAGGGGGCCGACUACCCGCAGAAAUACCCCGUCCAGGGCAACGAGCACCUGGUUGUCGUGCGCAAGAACCAAUUCUUCAAGGUGCCCCUGCAGCUCGACGGGCAGCAACUCAGCCCCGCGGAGUUUCAAGCGCAGUUCGAACGCAUCUACCAGCUUGCCCAACAACACGCCGCCCCGGCGCCCGUGGGGGUGCUCACGGCCGCCAACCGCGACCACUGGACUGCCGCCAGGGAGAAGCUGCUGGCCGCGGACCGGGAUCACAACGGCGGCAUCCUGCGCGACAUCGAGUCCGCGGCGUUUGUCGUGUGUCUGGACGACGCCGCGCCCGUCACGCUCGAAGAGCGCGCCCACCAGUACUGGCACGGCGACGGCUGCAACCGCUGGUUCGACAAGCCGCUGCAGUUCAUCGUGAACAACAACGGCUCCGCGGGCUUCAUGGGCGAGCACAGCAUGAUGGACGGCACGCCGACGCACCGGCUGAACGACUACGUCAAUGCUUUCAUUGCACAGGGGAAGAUCGAAAGCAGCAGCAGUAGUAGUAAUAGCAGUGGCGAGGCGGGAUCCGUCCGCUCCCACCUGCCGGAACCGCAGGCGCUGAGCUUCCAUCUCGACGAGCCCGUGCUCGAGGCCAUCGACGCGGCGGCGCAGUUCCACCGCAAGGAGAUCGCAGCGCACGAGCUGCGCGUGCAAGCCUUCCAGGGCUACGGCAAGGGCCUGAUCAAGAAGUUCAAAUGCAGCCCGGACGCAUACGUGCAGAUGGUGAUCCAGCUGGCGUAUUUCAAGAUGUACGGCGUCUCCCGGCCGACGUACGAGUCGGCCGCGACGCGCAAGUUCCAAGAGGGCCGCACGGAGACCACCCGCUCCGUUUCAGACGAGAGCGUCGCCUUCUGCCGCGCCCACCAUGAUCCCAGCGUGGCCCGCGAGGAGGUCGUGCGCUUGUUCCGCGCCGCCCUCGCCGCCCACUCCAAAUACAUCACGGACGCGAGCGACGGCCGCGGCGUCGACAGACACCUGUUUGGACUUAAGAAACUCCUCCGCCCAGGCGAGCAGAUCCCCCUGCUUUACCAGGACCCGGCCUUUGCGUAUUCCGGUUCCUGGUACUUGUCUACCUCCCAGCUUAGCUCCGAGUAUUUCAACGGCUACGGUUGGAGCCAGGUCAUCGAUGAUGGAUUUGGUAUCGCCUACAUGAUUAAUGAGAAUAGUCUCAACUUUAAUAUUGUUUCAAAGCGUAAAGGCUCGGAGCGGAUGAGCUACUACAUCAACGAAGCUGCCUGUGAGCUGCGCGAUGUCCUUAUGCCUGACCUGGUCGCUCAGGCGGAGAAGCCGAAACUCUAG